AUGUUUGCCGAACGACACACAAUUCAGCUUCCUGCUGCAAAAGCACCUGUCAUCCACAUUGAAGAGAAAAAGACUGUCGAGCCAGUUUCUGUAGCCCAACAAUGGCUAAGCAAGCUGGGAACAAUCCUCAAAAACAACGAUGUCGCUGCUCUUCCAACAGUCAUGCAUCAAGACAGUUGGUGGAGAGAUAUGUUGGCCGUGUCGUGGGAUAUUCGUACCCUGCAUGGUCUUGACAAACUCUCUCUAUACUUCUCCGAUAAUCUCGCACAUACUGGGAUGCACAACCUCAAACUUAGAACGACUGGAAAAUUUGCUCCGAACCUCUCUUCCCCGGUUGAAGGUUUAGAGUGGGUUGAAAGUAUGUUCGACUUUGAGACAAAAGUUGGCAGAGGAUCUGGUAUGUUGAGACUGUGUCAGGGUUCCGAUGGCGCGUGGAAGGGAUAUAUGAUAUAUACUGCUCUGCAGGAAUUGAAAGGUUAUGAGGAGAAUGCAGGUUUAAGAAGACCACAUGGUGGUAACAAUUCUCUGGAAGGCGGUGCCAUCACGGGCAACUGGCUGGAAAGAAGAGAGAGACAAAAGGAAUUCCUUGAUGACGAGCCAACAGUGCUGAUCAUUGGUGCUGGGCAAUCGGGAUUGAACACUGCAGCGAGAUUGCAAGCAAUGGGUACAUCUUGCCUCCUCGUCGACCGAAAUCCACGUGUUGGAGACAACUGGCGCUUCCGAUAUCGUACCCUUGUCACUCACGAUCCCGUUCAAUACACACAUAUGGCAUUCUUAAAGUUUCCUACAAAUUGGCCUUUAUUCACACCAAAAGACAAAUUAGGCGACUGGUUCGAGUCGUACGCUUCUCUUAUGGAACUCAAUGUCUGGACUUCCAGCACCAUCACCUCCGCUGUCUAUUCAGAUGAGAAGAAGAACUGGACAGUCGAUAUUAAGCGAGGUGAUGGCAGCGUACGCUCUCUGCAUCCAAACCACGUUAUCUUUGCCACAGGUCACGCAGGAGAAGCCAAAAUCCCAACUUUCCCAGGCCAGUCCGAUUUCAAGGGGACAGUCUACCACGGAAGCCAACACCAAGAUGCCUCCAUCACCGGCGCAGCAGCAGGCAAGAAAGUCGUCGUCGUUGGCACCGGCAACUCAGGCCACGACAUCGCCCAAAACUACUACGAGAACGGCGCAUCAGUCACCAUGAUCCAAAGACGAGGCACCUACGUAAUCUCAGCCGCAACGGGCCUCUUCAUGCUCCACGAAGGAAUGUACGACGAGACUGGCCCACCAACUGAGGACGCCGACAUCGCCGGUCAAUCUCUCCCCAUCCCCGCCCAAUUUGCACUCAACGUCGGGCUCACAGAAAAGAUCAAACAAGCCGAGAAAGAAAACAUCGAAGGCCUCAUCAAAGCCGGCUUCAAGCUCGAUUUCGGCGAAGACAAAUCGGGCAUCUACCGCAAAUACAUCACCCGCGGCGGUGGAUACUACAUCGACGUCGGCUGUUCCAAGCUCAUCAUCGAUGGUAAAAUCGGGAUCAAGCAAUCACCAGACGGGAUCUCUCAUUUUGAGUCCAACGCUCUCGUUCUCGCGGACGGCACGAAGAUGGACGCCGACGUCGUGGUGCUCGCGACUGGUUUCGACAACAUGCGGACCUCAGUGCGCAAGAUUCUGGGUGAUACAGUCGCGGAUCGGUGUAAGGAUGUGUGGGAUCUGGAUGAGGAGGGCGAGGUUAAUGCGAUGUGGAGACCGAGUGGACAUCCUGGGUUCUGGUUCAUGGGCGGGAGUUUGGCACUUUGUAGGACUUAUUCGAGGUUUGUUGCUAUGCAGAUUGUGGCGCAGGAGAAGGGGAUUAGUCGAUAG